AUGGAACUGAAGAUGCCACUGAAUUUAUUUGGGUUAGGAGCCGGAAGUGCGAAAUCACAACAGCUCGAGAACUGUUUUCGAGGAAAUACUGGGACUUCCGAUGGGAAAGAUUGGCGUGGAUCAGUUGUAAAACUACCUAAUCACACUGUGACAUUGGACAAAAGGCUUGCUGAAGGUGGAUUUGCGAUUGUAUAUUUGGCAAGUGAUAAGCAGGGGCGUCAAUAUGCGCUUAAAAGGCAAUUUAUUAGUGAUGAUGUUCGACAAUUGGAGGCAUGUCGAAGAGAAUGCCGCAUUGUGAGUUGUUUGGCGGGACACAAAAAUAUUGUGUCGUAUAUAGAUCAUAUGAUACUGAAGAAUAGUUGUGGUGUAUACGAAUGUUCACUUCUCACUACUUAUUAUAAAAGUGGCGUGUUGCAACUGAUGAAUGAACGACAUUUAGCGGGGCGCUGUCUCUCGGCAAAUGAAAUUUUAAAAAUUUUUUGCGACGUAUGUGAAGCAGUUGCACGUUUGCAUCAUUCUCAAACUCCAGUGAUUCAUCGUGAUUUGAAGGCUGAAAAUGUUCUGAUAGAUGAACAGUGUCCUGCUGCACCAGUAUAUGUUCUGUGCGACUUCGGAAGUGCUACGACAAAGGUUUUGUCAUCAGAUACUCAGUCACUACAGUUUAUUGAGGAAGAGAUUCAUCGCUAUACGACACUGGCCUAUCGAGCUCCUGAAAUGGUAGAUAUUUACUCCGGAAAGCCUAUUGGUACAAAGAUUGAUAUAUGGGCGCUCGGUGUUAUGCUAUACAGGCUCUGUUAUUUCAGUCUUCCGUUUGGUGAAAGCUCACUUGCAAUUCAAAAUUGUUCUUAUAAUUUUCCAACUGAGCCCAAUUAUCCGGAGCAGUUACGUGCCAUUAUAAAAGUACUUCUUGAUCCGGAUCUUGUUCGUCGUCCGGAUAUUUAUCAAGUUUCAACGCUCGCUUUUGAAGCUGUUGGACAGCGUUGCCCGAUUGGUAACUUAAAUAAAGUUCCAGCACUGCGUCUAAUUGAUGCCGUCCAACAUUUGCUCCAACAGGAAGUUAGUACAACAGCAGUUGCAGGUACGUGCGCACGUACAUCGACGUUCACUAAUUUUGAUAGCUGUGUUACACCGAAGGAAACAGCUACUUCUAUUAAUCCAAGAUUGAGGCCAAAACCAUAUACCAAUGCAGUUCGCUUGAAUUUGGUCGAUUCCAGUUCACGUUUGCUGGAUGUAUCAAUCAGUAAACAACAAAACAGCUCAUCUUAUCCAGAAAUCGGUGUUGCACAUGCAGAGUCUUCACAAAAAUCAUCUUGUGGUACUGCAGAAGAGUAUGGCAUUGAAACUCUGAAAUCAAGUGCAUUCAGACCAUACAGCGCUUCAGGCGAUAGCAGUACCAGAGUUGUGGCUGCAGAAUUUACAGUUGAACCAUUCGAGACAGUGACUGUAAUUGUUCCUUCUCCAGUGAAUUUACCGGUAGAAAAUGAUGACAUUUUAUGGAAUCCAUUCUUAAUUGCGCCGUUCAGCUCACAAAGAAAUGAUUCAGCUGCUUCACAGAAUACUGCGAUGGAUGAUCACAGCUUUGGACAUUGUUUUGACAAAUUGCCAAGGCAUUUAAAACAUUUUGCAUCAAGCAAAACGGUGGAAGAUAAUGUAAAUUUAGAAAUUGAUGAAAAUGAUCCAUUUGCUGCAGCACCAAUUCAUCACUAUCAAAUGAGGAUUGUUGAACAAGUUUCCAGAAAGAAAGGUACAAAUGCAGCACAGGAAAAAAGUUAA